AUGUCUCCGGCACUAAGAGAGCUAUUCUUGAUCCACACGGACAAGAUGUGCCAAAAAUUCAUCCUUGGAUUCAUUGAUGUUAACAGACACAAUAUCGUUGUGCACAACAUAUCUAUCAUGAUCGAUGAUGGUGAUGAUAAGAAGAUCAAGGUCAGUGCCGAAACGGAUUCUCUAUAA